AAAAAGAAGCCUACGCAUAGGGAGGGAGGGACCAGAGAGGAUGGAUGCGAUCCGGGGAGCAGCUCCAGUUUCUUGAUGCCAUCUCACCUUCCUCUCCCCCGCUGCGGAUUCUUCUUCCUCCCGCAGCAACAGCUGAUAUUUUGUGGUUUUCCAGCCAUAUUUCCCCAUCCCUGGGCGUCGUAACUGGAUUUUUUUUUCAACAAGACAAACAAGUCUUCAGAACCGAUCAUCAUCUGCAGUCAUGUCAGACUCCGAGGAUAUGACGGAGUUCGGAAGCAUCGUGGAGCGGAUCGAGCGUGGUGAGGUUCCGAUCAAGAACAUAGAGCGGGAGCUGAUCUGCCCCAUCUGUAAGGAGCUCUUCACCCACCCGCUCAUCCUGCCCUGUCAACACAGCAUCUGCCACAAAUGCGUCAAAGAGCUGCUGAUGCUGAACCACGACGACUCCUUCGACGCUGGCUCCGAGUGCUCCAUGCCGGGCAGCCCCAGGUCCAGGGUGCCCUCGCCCUCCAUGGAGAGGCUGGACCGGCUCGUGAGAUCAGGCUCGAUCUCAUCUCCCGGCUGGCGCAGAGGCUCGGUGACUCCCAGGAUCACCACCAUCCCGUGUCCAGGCUGCCAGCACGACAUCGACCUGGGUGAGCGCGGCAUCAGCAUGCUGUUCCGCAACUUCACCCUGGAGAGCAUCGUCGAACGCUACCGACAAGCCGCUCGUGCCGCCAUCGCAAUCAUGUGCAACAUCUGCAAACCUCCACAGCAGCAGGAGGCGACAAAGAGCUGCAUGGACUGCAAGGCUAGCUACUGUAACGAGUGCUUCAAGCUGCACCAUCCCUGGGGAACGCCCAAAGCCCAACACGAGUAUGUCGGUCCCACCACCAACUUUAGACCCAAGGUGCUUAUGUGUCCUGAGCACGAGAUGGAGAAGGUGAACAUGUACUGCGAGGUCUGCAGACGACCAGUGUGUCACUUGUGCAAGCUGGGAGGCUCCCAUGCAAACCACAAAGUCACGUCAAUGAGCAGCGCUUACAAGAUCCUAAAGGAGAAGCUGGCCAAGAGUAUCCAUUACCUCAUCAGCAAAGAAGACCGGGUCAGGACUCAGAUUACGGAUCUAGAGCGGCUCAUCAAUCUGACGGAGGAGAACGGGCAGCAAGCAGAGCGGCAAGCCAACGAGCACUUUGAGCGUCUGUUCGAGACUCUUCAAGAGAGGAAAUCGGAGAUGCUGCGGUCCAUCGAGCAGUCUCGUAACAGACGUCUGGAUCACCUGAAAACCCAGGUGGAGGAGUACCAGGGCAUGCUGGAGAACAGCGGUCUGGUGGGCUACGCCCAGGAAGUGCUGAAGGAGACCGACCAGUCCUGCUUUGUACAAACUGCGAAGCAGCUUCACGUCAGAAUCCAAAUAGCCACGGACUCCCUGAAGACGUUUCACCCCGCUGCUGACCCCUGCUUUGAUGAGUUUGUGCUCGACACGUCCAAAGAAGAAACCCUGCUCAAAGAGAUGUGUUUUGGUGGAGUCCCUGAUCCGCCCAUCAUCGACUUGCCCCACAGCAGAGUCUAUAACGAAGCGUCCAUCUGCUGGAGGUUGUCUGAUGACCACCUACCUACAGACCAUCACGUGCUUGAGUACCGCAAACUCAGGAGCCCGAGCCAGUCCCCAUCCCAGGAGGACGGUGAAGACCACGGAGUUUGGAGGACCACAGACAGAGUGUAUGGAUCCAGCGCUGUGGUGCCAGGACUUGACCAGAACAGCCUCUAUGCCUUCAGAGUUCGUAGCUGCAGGAACUCCAUGUUUAGCCCCUACAGCCCAGAGGUCACCUUCCAUACGCCACCUGCAACAGCUUUUGGCUUCCUGUUCAGCGACAAGUGUGGGUUCAGCAACGAGCGUCUUGUACUAAAUAGCCGACGGGACAUGGUGGAGAGCGUGGCAGGCUUGACCUUCCUCCUCGCUGCAGAACGUGUGCAGACGGGCAGCUACGUCGGACUGGAUUACAUCAUUGGGGACACUGGCAUCUCUCAGGGAAGACAUUACUGGGCCUUUAAGGUGGAACCGUACUCCUAUAUGGUUAAAGUUGGAGUUGCUUCUGACACCAAACUGCUGGAAUGGUUUCACAAUCCCAGAGAUACCAGCAGCCCGAGGUACGAUCAUGACAGCGGGCAUGACAGCGGCAGCGAGGACACGUGCUACGAGCUCUCUCAGCCCUUCACCCUCCUCACACUGGGAAUGGGGAAACUCUUCAUCCCCAAGGCCUCCUCCUCCUCCUCUGUUUCCAGCGCAAACACGUCAUCCGGUGACCCCGGAAACCGCAUGCUUCCCAUGCCGCAGCGCAUAGGCGUGUGCCUGGAUUACGACGCGCACCGCGUGUAUUUUUACGACGCCGACACCAUGCGGUGCCUUUAUGAGAGGCAGGUGGACUGUUCAGGAACCAUGUAUCCUGCUUUUGGCCUCAUGGGCAGCGGGAAGGUUCAGUUGGAGGAGUUCAGCACGAAGAAGCUCUUCUUCUGAGGAGGGAUGGAGCAUUUUGGUCCUGCAGGACUGGAAUUGGUUUAAUCUUAUCGGAACAGAUGUUUUCUCUAACAGGGUGAAUUUUGUUUUUUUAGAUUGGAAUGUUAUCCUACCCCCCCCAGAGUGAUAACUGGUCUGAGUAGCUCUCCACAUACGGAGGUAUGGAUCUAAACAGACCUUUCUGCGUACCAAAGUCUCGGUAUGUUAGCUUAAUCUGCUUUUAAAACCCCGCUGGGAUCAGCUAUUGAUGCAGAAACGGCUCUGCAGUCAUUUUUAAUCAUUUUAACACAAAACCGUUGGUUUUUACCAGGUUCAUGGUGAUGCAUACUUACAUUUUCGGUGAUAAUUUAGUUUUUUUGGCUCUGACUUGUCUGAAGGUAGCAGCACAGGUGUAGAUGUAACAUCGGCGGGUCUGAGGAGGUUGUAGCUACUUUUGAAGCUUAAACCUUUUGUGCCUUUUCCCCCCCUCAUGGAAAUGAUCAGAGUUCUUUAGCUAAAGUGUGAACAAGGCUAAAACGAUGGUUUUUGCACAAACGUAGUUUGGUUUUUAAAUGCUAAAACAAGAAUCGGCACGUUUUUAUUUUUUUUAUUUUGCAUUUACAAAAAACGGAAGAAGCUUCUCACUCAUCUGCAGAAUCACUCGCGUUAACGUUCGGCACCACGCGCCUGUCUCUCUCACAGCUGUCGAAUCACAACUAGCCAAAGUGCUGUGGCUCUGGUGCUGACUCAAGUGCAACACAAACAGCUCUGUGGCCUCACCCACCAUUUUUCAUGUUCCUUCAGAAAGUGCUAUCACAAAAACGAUACCUUCUGCUGUUAAGACCACCUCACACAUGUGGGUGUAGCAUGUUGGCACCUUACCUAAACCUGUAUGGAGAAGCAACACAUAAUGUGGAAUUCUUAAUGGACUUUUUGUUAAGGGAUGUAUUUCUUGCUGUUUUUAAUGUGAUAUAAUCUAAAUGUGCCUGCACGUGUUAUCAUUUUUUGUAAAUUUCUACUUUCCUUAUUUUUUCUGGAGGGUUAGGGUAACGGUCGUGUGUGUUUUCUCAGGUUUCCGGCCCUGAUUUGGGCCUAAUACUACCUACCUCUAUCAGUCAGCCCUGGAAAACCUAAACUACUGCUCCUCUCCUGACAGAAACUUGGGUUUGAUUUGUUUUUAACGUUGGAUCCUGGAAAUCCUUUUUGAUUUUAAAUUCCAUGUUCAUGAUACCCAAAAACCUAUUUUCAGUGAAAUAAAGUACAUCUUAAAUAUUUUA